GCUGGCGGCGGUUUCCGGUUCCGCGGGGCUGGCGGGCGGGCGGCCGGGAGCGGCGGCGGCGGCGGCGCCUGACAGACAAUGAGGGCGGCGGGGCGGCGCUGAGCGGCGGCGGCGGCGAGCGACGCGGGGCCCGGGGGCGGGGCGGGGCGCCAGCCAUGGACAAUCAGUGCACUGUCCAGGUCAAGUUAGAGCUGGGACACCGCGCCCAGCUGCGCAAGAAGCCCACCACGGAGGGGUUCACGCACGAUUGGAUGGUGUUCGUCCGCGGCCCCGAGCAGUGUGAGAUCCAGCACUUUGUGGAGAAAGUGGUCUUCCGGCUGCACGACAGCUUCCCCAAGCCCAAGCGCGUGUGCAAGGAGCCCCCCUACAAAGUGGAGGAGUCGGGUUAUGCUGGCUUCAUCAUGCCCAUCGAGGUGUACUUCAAAAACAAGGAGGAGCCCAGGAAGGUUUGCUUCACCUAUGACCUGUUCCUGAACCUGGAGGGCAACCCGCCUGUCAACCACCUGCGCUGCGAGAAGCUCACCUUCAACAACCCCACCAUCGAGUUCCGGUACAAGCUCCUGAUGGCCGGCGGGGUGAUGGUAAUGCCCGAAGGAGCAGAAACGGUGUCCAGGCCCAGUCCUGACUACCCCAUGUUACCCACAAUUCCACUCUCUGCCUUCUCUGACCCCAAGAAGACCAAACCGUCCCACGGCUCCAAGGACGCCAGCAGGGAGAGCGGCAAGGCCUGCAAGACCCACAAGACGACCAAGGAGCACCGCGAGCGGCCGCGCAAGGACUCAGAGAGCAAGGGCGCCCCCAAGGAGGCGGAGCGCGAGCAGGCCCGGAGCGCCAAGGAUGCCGCACGGAAGCCGGGCGAGGGCCGGCCGCCCAAGGAGGAGAAGGCCCCGCCGCCCAAGGCCGCGUUCAAGGAGCCCAAGAUGGCCCUGAAGGAGACCAAGCUGGAGAGCGUGUCCCCCAAGGGCGGGCCGCCGCCCCCACCCAAGUCUUCCAGCAAGCGGCCGGCUGCCGCCGACUCGCCCAAGCCCAGCGCCAAAAAGCAGAAGAAGAGCAGCUCCAAGGGGUCGAGGAGCGCCCCCAGCACCUCACCCCGCACCCCGUCUUCCUCCUUCUCGGACAGAAAGCCGACCAAGGACAAGGGCGGCGCCAAGGGGGAGAAGGCCAAGGCCGAGGGCGAGCCCAGGGAGGUGAAGAAGGCCCCGGAGGUGGAGGAGUCCAACUCGGAGGACGAGGCCUCCUUCAAGACGGAGUCCGCCCAGUCGAGCCCCUCCAACUCCAGCUCCAGCUCUGACUCCAGUUCAGACUCGGAUUUUGAGCCGUCUCAGAACCACAGUCAAGGACCCCUGCGCUCCAUGGUGGAGGACCUGCAGUCCGAGGAAUCUGACGAGGAUGACUCUUCGUCAGGCGAGGAGGCUGCCGUCAAGACGAAUGCAGGAAGGGAUUCCAGGUUGAGCUUCAGUGACAGCGAGAGCGACAACAGUGCCGACUCCUGCCUGCCCAGCCGCGAGCCGCCUCCCCCCAAGAAGCCGCCCCCACCCAACAGUAAGGCCUCAGGCCGGAGGAGCCCGGAGUCCGGCAGCAAGCCCGAGAAGAUCCUGAAGAGGGGCACCUACGACAAGGCCUACACGGACGAGCUGGUGGAGCUGCACCGGAGGCUCAUGGCCCUGCGGGAGCGCAACGUGCUGCAGCAGAUCGUGAACCUGAUCGAGGAGACCGGCCACUUCAACGUCACCAACACCACCUUUGACUUUGAUCUCUUCUCCCUGGACGAGACCACCGUGCGCAAGCUGCAGAGCUACCUGGAGGCGGUGGCCACAUGACCCGGGGCCGGGUGCCGGGCCCCUGUCGCCGGGGUUCCGGGAGGCCACGUCCAGGCCCCGCCUUCCUUCCUCUCUCGACUCGCCCGCCCGCAGCACUGCCUUAGUGACCGCCCUAUCCUCGGCCCACACGGCCAGCUGCACUUUCCUCGUCGGCUCCCGACCCACCCUCCCCACCACCUCGUCGGGAGCCCUAGGGCUGAGGGGGCCCAGGCCGGCGCUGCUGCUCCCCGACACUCAGGGGCCGUCCCCUGGGCCUCUCUUGGAAAGUGGCUUGUGUUGAAGGCAGCGCCGGGCCUCACUCCCGAGGAGGCAGAAACAUGCCCGGCAGUGGGGGCCUCGCCCGGCCUCAGGAUCCCGCUCCAUGGUGGGUGUGUGGCAUAGUUUCACUGCCCUGGCCUCACUGAGCAGCCGGGGCACAGCCUCCAGCCUCCCCAAACGGUUCAGAACACACCCACCGCUGCCCCAGGACCUCAGAGGGCUCCAGCUGUGUGUGUGCGGCCAGCUGUGCCAGGCUGGGCCUCGGCCCGUCCCCCGUGGCAGCCGGUCGCAGUGCUCUGCCGGCUCUCCCUGUGCUGGGACUGCGUGCUGUACAGUUCUCUCUCUAUUAUAUAUGUAUGUAUGCACUGUAGGUACCAGAGCGGUGUCCGGGUGUGUGUUUCCGUGGCAGCAGUGCACGUGGUGGGUGGGGGGUGAGUAAGGCGGGACUUGUAGGUUAAGACGUCUUCACUGGUCAUGUCCUCGGGCUGGAGGCUGAGCCGGAGCCCUGGCUGGCCCUCUCCAGGCUCAGGGAGUACUCCUCCCUCUGUGGUUCCAAGGGCGCUUCAUCCGCCAGUGAACACUACGCGGGGGCAGCAGGUCCUCGGCACCCGGAUCUCCGAGCUCCUGGGUGGCCGUCUCCAGGCGCAGACCUCCCAGGCUCCAGCCAGGCGCAGGCCGCGACUUGUGUCUGCGCCCCGGGGUUCGUCUUCUUCCUCCUUCCAUAGGAUUCUCUUUCCUCUCUUCUGUUAAUCGAGUCUUCGAACUUUGAAAAAAAUGAGCUUUUGCCAAAUAAGGGGGGUCGAGUUUGUGGAGUUUUUUGAGGAGCAUCAGCGCUCAGAGCCAGCUCGAUUGUCUGGCUAGGCCCUCGCAGGCCCACCCAUCUCUUUCUCAUUUGGGCCCAACCCUCCCACCCCUGCCAUUCAUGUCGGUCCAGAGCCCGGAGACUCAACUCCUCGCACGCCUGAAAUUCUCCAAGGGCCAGGCCGCUUCCUCAUCCCUCUGGCCCACCUUCCAGGGCCGGAAUGCCCUCACGGAGUCGGCCCGUGGUUGGGGCUCGUGGGGGCUGGAGCCUGAUGCUCAGCCUCUGUUCCCCCAGACCUCGACUCAGGACUCCUCCAGUCACCCCCGACUGUUGCCCUGAACAAGAUGGGAAAAAGGACUAGGGGUCCAGAGGUGGGCUCACCUUGUCUCUAGUCCAGUGUCAGCCCCCUCUCUUCCCCCCUAGCUCGUGACUUCUGACGUGGGGAACACCACGCUUCCCUGCCCUGUGACCCUUGACUCUUGUGUCCCUGCUCCGGUUCCGUCUGUCAGGCAGACUCUGCACACUCCCUGGGGGAGCCCCGCCUCCAGGGCUUCCCCGGACUCCAGCCUUCCUGGUGAGAUUCCCAGAACUCUCGGGAAGGUCCGGGACCUUUCAGAGGAAAGCGCCGUGACUCCUCGCCAUCUGCUCUGAUUCUCUCCCAGCCCCACUGCCUUGAGGUAUUAGGAAGAGGGCAGGCCUGUGUGGCAGGCUCCGUGCUGUCAGUGUCCCCUUCCCCAGGCAGGCCAACAAUACUCCAAAGUGGGGCACCUUUCUUCUCUGGAAACUCUCUAAGACAUUGAUGGAAGGAACUGGCCUGGUGCGGGCUGCUCAGAAGGCAGCAGCUCCCUGGUGCUCUGUGCACAGCAGCCGCCAGGGGUCUCAGGCGGGAGUCCCAGCCCAAGAACGCUGGUCUUCUUCCUUCACAAGGAUCUCCUGGGAAGGGCCGCCGGCCCCCCCGAGCUCCGCAGUGACUUGGGCUCUCCCCAGGGCCAGCUGGAGGAAGCUGGGCUCUCCCAUCUGCCCCCAGCGGCAGCAGCCUGUGGCCCUUCCUGCUGUUCCCAGGGCCUUCGGAAGCGCCAACCUGUUUCUCAGUUACCUCCUCUGGCCUGAAGGCGCCAGCGCUGUCCUCUGGAGCUGCCCUGGGCCCAGAGCUGGCCUGUGACCACCUGAUGGACGUGCCAGGCGGCCAGGGCCCCGACCGCAGCAUUCCCGGCUGCUCCCCCACCCGACCCCCAGCUGCCCGGCAGCUGGGCCCCCGAGGGCUCUGGGGACACUUCCAUAGGAAGGGGCCGGCACUUUGUGAUUCCGCGUGUUUAGUGUUAAGCCCCCUGCCCCCAGUGCAAAUCCCUGUGUUUUGCUCUCUCCUGAACAAAAUGUAAACCGACGCCUGAAAGCAGAAGGUAUCGAAUACCUUUCUUACCCACAAGGGUUUUUACGAAGAGUGUGUCUCACUAGGAACUAGGACACUCAUCAGCCCGAGACCAACUCCUGGGUAAAAGGAAUAAGGAGGAUCGUGUUUGUAAUAAGUUACAGGAUUGUUUCUGUCCUGGAUUUUAAACUUUUUGUUAAAUUGUGAAAUUAUGGAGGAGUUUUAUAGAAAAAAAAUGAAAUAAAGUCAGAUGGGAAAGCA